GACAAUUAGUGAUUAAAAUCUUAAUUGUAACUCACCUGAAAUGGUUAAAUCAUUGGUUGAUUGUUGGAGAAAAACAAAUUGUGAUUAGUAAACAACAAAUGUGAUUAGAAUUUAAUUUAUGCGAAUUGUGCUUUUUAUGCUUUUUUCCGAUUAAUAGAAAAGCAUAAACUGGUUACAUUCUAACCGCUAAAUUUUUGUUCAUUUAAAAAGUGUUUAAUCAACUGUUUACAUCUUGAGAAAAUUGUUAAUUCAAUUAAUUGAUUUUAUUUGUUUUUAAUUGUUCCAAUUUAUUUUAUUCUCAAUAGAAAUGUCCCCUUCAGCUAAAUCAUCGAUUACUCUUAAAGGAUCAGUUGAAAUUGUCACUGAAUUUCUGGAAUUUGGAAUAAAUUCUAUUCUCUAUCAACGAGGAAUCUAUCCAAGUGAUACUUUUACCUCUGUUAAGAAGUAUGGACUUCCUUUGUGGAUGACUACAGAUUCGGAGGUUAAUAAUUUCAAUAAAACAAUCUUACACCAAUUGAGAUCAUUCAUAUUGGAUAAGUGUGUUCACAAAUUAACUGUUGUUAUUGUUGAUGUUAAAACAAAGGAGACUAUUGAAAAAUGGGAUUUCAGGAUUGAAUUAACCACCUCAGAUGAGAUUGUUACUGGUGAAAAGGCCGAUCUAAAUGAGAUCCAAAGAAACAUUCGAGAUGUUAUUCGUCAAAUUACCGCUUCGGUUACAUUUUUACCCUUUAUAGACAAACUUUGUUACUAUGAUAUCCUUUUGUAUACCGAUAAAAAUACUUGCCUUCCAUCAGAAAAAUGGAGCGAUGGUAAACCACCGAUCAUCGCCAGAGAGGAAAAGGUUCAAUUAAGAGGAUUCACCACAGGAAUUCAUGAGAUUGACACAAUCGUUGCCUACAAAAAGGAUGUCGACUAAAAAUUCAAACUCUCUCUCUCUCUUUUUUUCAUUUGUAUUAUUUUCUACUUCACUUUUUUAUGUCAUUCAUCUUAACCAACUCAAGAUUUACUCUAAAAUGAUUCUUAAAGAAACAUUGUUUUUACCAAAAAAAUCUCAAAUCAAAUUUAUUCUCCUCCAAAUUACAAAACAAUUAACCUUCCACCAUUUAUAUUUAUAGUCUUUCUUUUAAACAACAAAACGGUCAAGUUAAUUUCUCAGGUCAAAUUCAACCAAUUAUUCCGUAGAGCAUCAGUAUAUUAUCCUCCUCAAGCCAAUCAAGAAAAUGAUAAGAUUAAAAUCAAUCAAAAUCUCAA